CACGGAGAUAUCUCAUGACGUCACCAGCCAGCAUUGCCCCCAUCACCAGGUCCUCCUACCGCGUCGUGUUGCUAGGCGACCAGGGGGUCGGCAAGUCCAGCAUCUCACUCAGAUUUCUCAGGGACGAGUUCCAUGAACACAACGCCCCCACCAUAGGAGCGGCCUACCUGACCCAGACUAUGAGGGUGGGGGAGAGGACGGUGAAGCUCGAUCUGUGGGACACAGCGGGCCAGGAGAGGUUCGCAUCGCUGGCUCCAAUGUACUACAGGACGGCUCAGGGAGCCAUCGUGGUCUACGACAUCUGUAGUAAGUCAAGUUUCCAGCGGGCACAUGACUGGAUCCAAGAGCUGAAGACCCAAGCCCCUCCUGGCACGAUUAUCAUGCUGUGUGGCAACAAGGUGGACCUGGCCAAUGAGGGCAGGGAGGUCUCGAUAGAGGAUGCUGUACAGAUGGCGCGAGACAAAGGUCUCAUCUUCACAGAGGUCUCGGCCAAGACAGGUCAGGGCAUCAAAAGUCUUUUCCAGACCGUCGCCGACAAAGUGGUUGCCAGAGACGCCAGCCCUAAACAGCCGGCAGCCGGCACUGACAAAGGCAUCCGGCUGUCCACGGGCGACAACACGUCCACGUCCGGCUGUCGGUGCUCCAGGUAGGGGCCGUGUCUUCCCGGACGUCCGCCUGUGGCCGUCAUGUCAGGACCCUGUGGGAGCUGGUGGUGGGGACAACAUUCGUGCUGAUAGCUGGGAACAUGGCAACUAUUGGGACAACAUUUGUGUACACGAUAGUCUGAUAUGAUAAGUAA